UUAAAAACGUUCGGUUUACGGUAACACUGCUCUGCCUGCAGCAAGUAAUAAACAGAUUUACGCAUAGUCGGGUCAAAGUUUUUUAUUUUUUUCGUUUCACCUACCUAUAAUGAUGAAUGAUCUCAGUGAUGCCUUCGCGAAAAAGGUUUGUGAAGAACGUGGUAUGGAAGCACAUAACAUUAACGCUAAAAAUGCCCUCCAUUUCGCUCUCAAAAUAACUCACAAGCCAGUUUUUAUAGCUCUAUUAGACGCCGGUGCAAAUGUAAACGAUGUCUUCGAAGGCGAAACUCCUUUACAUAUAGCAGUUCAAAGAAAUUUCCUCGAAGCAGUAGCUCUCCUAUUGGAAAAAGGCGCUGACAGUAACAAGACUGCUUCUAUUUAUUUCUCUGCUGAAAAACUAUUUAGUGGGUGGUUAAAUAGCAAUGCACAGCCUGAUAUGGAUUAUACCGGAGACUGGAACAUACAUGGCUACACUCCCUUACAUUUUGCAGCAUCCCGGAACAAUAUCGAAAUUGUUAAACUGUUGCUAAAAUUUAAAGCCAACGUUCAUAUUGUGGAUAAAGAUGGAUGGACACCCCUGCAUUUGGCUUCAGAUCUUGGCCACAAGGAUGUGGUCAAAUUAUUAUUAGAUCACAAUGCCAAUGUUAAUGCCAGAUGCAAUCGAAAAAUUGUAAUAAAUGCUGACAAUCCUAGAGGUACAAAUUAUUCGGGCAGAACCAGCUUGCAUUUAGCAGCCCUCUGUAAUAGAAAGGAUAUCAUCGACAUAUUAUUGAAUAAGGGUGCAGAUAUUGAUGCUCCAGAUUAUAGAUCUUGGACUGCUUUGCAUAUCGCUUGCUAUUAUGGAUAUUUUGAAAUAGCUCAACUACUACUUGAUAGAGGUGCCAAUAUGGAAGCUGAGGGGCACGAACGGUGGAGGCCUCUUCACGAGGCAUGUUCCCAAGGAAACACAGAAAUCGUAAAAUUGUUAGUUGGCCGAGGUGCCGAUAUUGAAGCGACUAAAACUUGGGGCGAUACUCCUUUACAUUGGGCUAUUUGGCAUGGUCAUCUGGAGACUGUUAAGGCUCUAGUGGAGCUCGGAGCUGAUAUUUUUGUGGAGGACGAUAAAGGACAUGCGGCCAUUAGGAAGGCACAGAUGAAAGAUUAUCCAGAUAUAAUUGCAUACUUGUUGGAACUAUGUUGGUCUAAAAAUUCACUUGAAAAUCACAUAAUAUGUAUGAAUCAUUUUUAAUUGAUAUAUUGUUUAUACACUAUGUAUACACUUUGGAAUAAUUCAAAUUAUGAUAAUGUAACAAAAAUAAAGGAUUUUAGUUUUAACCAGCAAAUGUUGAUGUUGU